AUGAGCUUAAGGCUGCCCGAAUGGAACUUAUUGACCUUCCCAAAGGACUCGCAUUCCCUCUUUUCCCCAUCCCCCCCCCAUCUUCCCGCUGCUCAAUUCACCACACUCAAUUUACCAUAUGCUUCGCGCUCAUCGGACAUCGUCACUGGCUCGGUAGAAAGCUGGUUCAGCUUUGACGCUCCCCGAACUCCCAUUGAUGCCAUCUUCCAACGCUCCCUUCCCUCGCGAGACAUCAUACAGGCGCUACUUAAUGGGUUGGGGCAAUUUUGGCUGGACGGAUACCAGUCUGUUGUUGACCCACGAUGCAACGAUGGCCGCGACCGUUUUCCUCUUUGGGUCCUCAAGUUAUGGCUCGAAUUGGGUACCGUGGGCGAGACGCAGAAAUCGUGGCACUCGGCAUUCAACUUUUUGCGCCGCCAAGCUGCCCUUAAAGCCCCUGAUCCCACUCGCAAGGCAGCGGAAGAGAUGUUGGAGCUUCUCGAGAGAGUUGGUUGGAAUGAGCCUAUUGGGACGACAGGACUACCUGCAACAUGUCUCAUUCGUUUCCUCUCAAAGGCAUGGCUCUCCGAGGAACAAAUCUCGCUUCAAGUCUAUUACAUGCAUGAGCGACUGCAAACACAAAAGCCGAAAACCCGCAAUCGUGUCGCAUUUGCACCUCUGCUCUUCACCAACAAGCUUGUCCAAACCACAAUUCAGGCCAUGUACGACUACGAGCAUGUCAAAGACAGUGUUAUGCGCAAGAUCGAGGAACAAGUCUACAAGGAAGAUAUCGACAUUCUUUAUAUGCCAGCUCAUGUCCAAAACAACCACUGGAUUAUCAUGGCAGCUAAUUUCAAGGACGGCACUGUUUCCUUUGGCGACUCCCUUUUUGACAGCCCAUACCAAACUUAUCCACGCAAGCUGGUCCAGAAGCUGCAGCUAUGGUCGAAGAAACGAUUUGCUGUCCCUCUGAAUGAUAUCGGGAACACACUCCCAAUUGGCCAACAGACAGACACGAUGAACUGUGGAGUUUGUUGGGCAGAUGCUGCCAUGACUGCAGUAUGGGGUGAUCCCCAGUGGAAACCCGAGCUUGGUGCCGCGCGUAGGAUCCAAUGGGCCAUUCGACUUGCCAAAAAAUGUGCCAGCAUCUCUCAGACUAUCAUGCCGUCGGCGCUUGCACCGCCACCGGCCCCACUUCUAUCUGCGCGUCGAUAUCAUCUCGAAAUUGGUCAAUUUCUUGCCCAACUAUCGACAGCGAUGCCCACCACCAGGCCAAUUACUCUCGUUCCAAGCCUGUUCGGUACAACUGGUGUUCGUCUAACACAACCUACCGGAUUCGAUUACUCGGCACUUGUCUCACUUCGGCGACAACAUCAGACACGACAAGCGGAAAAUGGGGUUCGUGUGCGUUCGCAGGCCGAACCAGCAUCUGAGUCUGCAAAACGGCAGCUAGUCAAGUCUAUGCAGGCUAUUCUCAAGCAAACAGAAGCCCGUGGUCUUACAACUGGGGUCGACCGGACGCUGCGCACACAAUCUCUAGGGAGUGGUGAUCCGAGUUCGACAACUGGCAAUGCUGCCAAUGCCGCUGCUUCUGCAGUGACUCGAGCAAGAGAAGCUCUUCGGAAACGUCGGAAGCUGUUUGCUGAUGCCAACGUUGCCUGUCUGAACGAGAUUGAAGGCGCGCGGGUGUCUGCAGUACGACCACUUCUCCCGCGCGACUGGGUUCUAGUAGCUGCAGACCUGGUCACCAAAAAAGUAUUUGAUGUUUAUCUAGCGCAAGUUCUAACACUAUAUGCACGCGGUGCGGGGAAAAAUGGGAAGCACGGCCUUGUCGUCGAUGGCGGCAAAUCAAAUAUUGCUGCACUGUCAUUCAUUGGCGUUCAGCUUUACGAGUUGUCUCCUGCUACCGGUAUUUUCCAAUCGAUUACCCAGCAAACAGUGCACCUUGACACCUCAACAUUUGCCCACCUACCCUCCCUCCAAAUUCUCACCGUCGUCAAGUCUCCCCAAUCAUCCCAGACAGGAACUCAGCUCGCCCUUUCCGAUGCCGACUUCACCCUCUUUUCUACACUCCGAGGGUCACGCGCCAAUAUAUCGAAGGCGCUCGUUCAAGCCCGAAAGCGCAAGGUUGUCGAGGAGGUCGAGGAGGAUGAGUAA